CCACUUUGCACGCGCAACUCUGCAUUCACUGUCCAGAGGAUACUGAGCGAGCGGAAGAACAGUGUCUCCCCCUACCGUUCUCCGUCAUUGUCGUAUUGAGUUCACUCUGAAGAGGUUGCGACCCCUGCACAUCGUUGCCCCGCCAACUGUCUGGUAAACAAGAGCUUCACCUUCAACGAGACUCUUGCCACCACCUCUGUCCGCAAACAUGUCGCAGUCAAAGUCGUCAUCUCAAUCGAAGUCUUCAUCUAAGAAAGACUCCUCUAAGGUUCAUAGGCUGGCCUUGAAGGGUUCUUCGAAAGUAGUGAACGAAUUUUUUGAGUACUCAAUAAAUACUAUACUAUUCCAGCGAGGCGUGUACCCUGCCGAGGAUUUCACAGCAGUCAAGAAAUAUGGCUUGACCAUGAUGGUCACAGCAGAUGACCAGGUCAAGGCCUACAUCAAGAAGAUCAUGGGGCAGCUGAAAGAGUGGAUGUACGGUGGGAAGAUCUCGAAGCUGGUGGUCGUUAUCACGAGCAAGGAGACAGGGGAGCACGUUGAGCGUUGGCAAUUUGAUGUCCAAAUCUUCGGCAAAGGGGCGAAGAGCAAGCCAUCCAAGAAAACGAUUGAUAAAGAAAAUGCGGCGCCAGACGCCAAUGACCCCCCCGAAGAGAAGACUGAAGCAGAAAUACAAGCGGAGAUCCAAUCCAUAUUCCGACAAAUCACGGCCUCAGUUACUUUCCUCCCUAUGCUCGAUGGAAACUGCACCUUCAACGUGCUAGUAUAUGCAGAUGCCGACUCAGAGGUGCCUCUCGAAUGGGGCGACAGUGAUGCAAAGGAGAUUAAGAAUGGAGAAAAGGUGCAGCUGAGGAGUUUCAGUACAAGCAGCCAUCGCGUUGACACUCUUGUGAGCUACAGGCUCGCCGAUUGAGAAAUGGGGUGGAAGCCAGGUAUUCUCGGCUUGCAGGAGAAAAUCUAGCAAUUAGGUCGUUGUAUGGUACUGUAUCUACCGGUAUUGUUGGGACGGAGCACGGAGUCUGGAAACCUGGACUUAGCUGGCGCCGUGAAUAUAUUU